UGUUCGCAACAGCUGGUUAAGAAAAUCAAUGCUACCAGCAGUAAAAGAGUCGAAAAUCCGCCAUAAUUUAGUAACAAAAAAAUAAUCUCACCGACAUUUAAUUCCAAGGAUCGAGUUUUACAGCAAUAAAUAUCUAGUUAUCUGUAUUAAUUGCAUUGUGGUGAUGUGAAUAAAAAUUGAAAAAAGAUAUAUUCCGAUUUCCAUAUUCUGAUAGAAAUAAUUUUUCGUUAAAGUUCUUUGUUAAAUAUACAACUUCCUCUAAAAAUAAAAAUUUUUAAUGAGAGAAAGCAGCGCAUGGGCUGCCAUAACUUAACAAUUUCUAACGUACUCGCUUAUAUGAAAAAUUCCUCGCGAAAAGUGAGAAGACAAUUAAUGAAAAUAUGAUAUUUUUGUAAUCUUUUCAAACGUUUGUUUAAAAUCGUUCAUAAAAUAUACAAAUAACAUAAAAACAUAAAUAGUGAGAAGUGUAAGAACAUAAGUAUUUAUAAAUUUUCCGUGGUUCUAAUCAUAUGGCCGAAAAGUGCCAUUCACCAUAGCGUAGCUUAGCCAUGUCAUUAUACCGCAUUUUUGGCCGUGGAGCUGGUAGAAUCGUAACCACAUCAUUGCACCACAAAACUCAACUUUUAAAAAUACCUGCAAUGGAGGAGAUUAUUGCCAACAAUAAACGCAAUGCGCAAAUCAUUUCGUCCAUCUCAUCGGAGUUGACUGUGAUGCGAGGAGAGCUUCUUGCACGUAAAAAACAACAAUUGAGCAAAGAAAACGCUUUGUUAAAGCAACAAGUUGAGAUAGCGAAGCAGCAACUCAUAGCACUAGAACUCAGCCAUGGUAAAAAGCAAAUUGCAUUACCAAAUACACGUAGCUUUUCCACUGAAGCGCCAAGCACUCCAGUUGAAGUAAAUCUUAAAAGUGCUGCCGUACCUCAGACAGAAGUUGAGUCAGCCGAUAAAAAGCAAGUGAAGGAAAAGAAGCCGAAAAAGGAAAAGGUCAAUGCAAAUACCAAUACAAAUGCGCCCGCGGAACUUCCGGUUGAUGUUGGACGCCUUGAUAUGCGUGUCGGCAAAAUAAUUGAAGUGGGUCGUCAUCCAGAUGCAGACAGUUUAUAUUUGGAAAAGAUCGACUGUGGAGAACCGCAGCCACGUACUGUAGUAUCUGGUUUGGUUAAAUUUGUGCCCUUAGAAGAGAUGCAAAACCGUCUAGUAGUUGUGCUAUGUAAUUUGAAACCAGCCAAAAUGCGUGGUGUAACAUCCGAAGCGAUGGUCAUGUGUGCUUCCACACCUGAUAAGGUGGAAGUUCUCAGUCCCCCAUCGGGUGCUGUACCUGGUGACUUAGUGCAUUGUGAAGGUUACACUCGCCAACCAGAUGCCCAACUUAAUCCCAAGAAAAAAAUAUUUGAGACUUGUGCACCUGAUUUAAAAACGAACGGCGAAUUGGUGGCCUGCUAUAAAGGUGCGGCCUUGCAUGUGCCCGGCAAAGGAAAUGUUGUCGCACAAACACUGAAGAAUGUGAAUGUGAAGUAAAUAUGGAGCCAUCCUUAAAAAGAAGUUUCCUUUUAAAGUGAAAAUGCUAAGCAUGGUUCUGAUAAUGUUUAAAUAUUUAUUUUCAUAAAUUGUUAAUAAAUUUCAAAUAUGGAAAUUCUUAAAAAAGUUUAAAGAACAAGCAAUAAUAAAAAAUAACAAAAUGCGAAAGUAACCAUA